AUGCCUCGUCGGCGACCCCGAACGGUCGGCGAACAACCAGCCGAACCACCACUCGGAGCACCCCCCCCAGGAGUACCACCCCAAAACAUCCCCCAACACCAAACCGGACAGAGGCAGCCCAUCACCGAGCAAUCGACCACCUCGCCGUCGAAUCUACCACUCCAACACCAGGAGGCGAACUCCCCCGCCGGUGCUCGCCAUCCACCAUCGGAACCGCCGCUGCACCGCUGUUGGACCACCUCCGUAUGCCGCCUCCAACACUCUGAUUACUGCUCCAAUCAACCCGACGUCUGCCCUCCACCUCUAGUUAGAUCCGCGUCAAAAACAGAAAUUCUACAAUCCAAAUCACCGCCGAGCACAUCCGACUUCGAGCGUUUGGAGGCCGAAAUUUGGCAGCCCACGAAGGAACUCACCGACGCCGAUGAGCUUGAAUAA